GUCCCUCACCCUGCCGCCACCAACGUCCCUCCUGUGACACAGAGCUGGCAAGAUAUCGACUCUGACACCCACGCGACCCAUAAGCAACCGGGCUUCACCCCCGUCAUUCCCAUUUCGUCGGAGAUUCCCAUAGAUCCGGGAGAGGAACCGGACUUCCCGCUACAAGAGCACUCGAAUUUGUCAAUUUUUGUCAAUUAACCAGACAUCAGUAGAUGGACGCGUUGAAUAAUCGACAGUUCCGACGACGAUCAGCUUUGGAAUUUCUCCAAGACUCGCGAAAAAUGAAAGAACAUAUUUGAAUAAAGUUUCGUUAUGCAAGAAAGCUAUAAGUUGCGAAUGACAUACAUUUGCGGUACAUUAUAUAAUAAUAUAAUUGUUUCAACAUAUCUCUCAAAUGCAAUUAUAUGACAUAUUCUUAAUUGUAUAUAUAUAUUUAUUUAUUUAUAUAUUUAUACAUGCUUAUGUGUAAUUAAAAAAAAAUGUAUAAGUUUAAGAUGAACAUACAGCGGAUAUGGACUUAUACAGUUGCAUUUUAUUUCUUAUUUCACACAGGGUUACACAUAUCCACGUAUAAGUAUUAAUACAGAACAGCAGUGAGGGAAUAUCAAAUCACAUUAAAUAAAUUGAGUCGUGCGAGCACAUUUUAAUUGCACAUUUGAGAUGGAAACACUCGUUGAAGCCGGAAGCGCGCAACUGAUACAAUUAAUUACCAAAGCUCUUAAAUACAUACGCAUACACACGUAUCCCGCGUCGUCCAUCGUAGAUGCGAUCGCAACGUUCGUCGUACCGGUAACGUCAACAUUUACCACUGGUCGAAGGACCAGCGACGCAAUUAAUAAUUUCGUCCGUGCAUCCGCCACUGCGCUGUCUCCGGCCGCGGCGCAACAAUAUUUGCCGCUCUUGCAGCAACAUUUUUCCGCUUGCCGGCUUUUAUUUUCAUCGGCAGUCGUCAGAUCCUACCUUCAUAAUGGAACGAGUCGUAAAGUACACUCCUCCGCUCUCCGUUCAGCCCUUUACUUCACCCCACCGUCCACGCAUUCGCGUCCACGCGGGAUCGAAUUAUCCAUUUGAAUAUGUAUUGUUUGAACGGAGCAUCGAGAAACUAUUUCGGUCUGAAUGAUCCAGAAAUGGAAGACGAAGGCCGACAUGAGCCAUUAUGAAAACGGAAUUGUGGAUUUUACAGCUAAUAAUUCUUUUCCUUUUUUUAAUCGUGCUAGUCGUUUCUGCACAAAUGAUAGCAAAACGUGUCACAUACGUAGAAACGCGUAUAAGGUUCCACAUCGAAAAGUGGCGCUCGUGCAAAUCUAUGAUUGGACUAUUGGAAAUCUGGAUUAAACGCAGAUGAAAUAUUUAUCCGUAAAUCUAUCGUGAUAUAUAUGUGUGUGUAUACCGAGCCAUUACAGAAAUGUCUGAGACUAGCACGGAGAUCAGAGUUUGGCUGUACGCUCGGAUGGAUAGGUUGCUCUCAACUAAUGAAUACACAUGGUAUUAAUACUGCAAAUAAUAAGAAGCCGCGUUGGAAGAUGGAAGGCAAUAUAAUAAUUACAUCAGCAUAUCGGUAAACAAGAGCGUCAGCAACCCUCGCCCGUUGGCUCCGGCGGCUCGCAACCGAGCACACAGCAAACUGAAUAUUCGCCGCGAAAUCCUUCAUGGAAUUAUUUUCUUCGGCCUAAAAUGACGAUAGCAGACCGCACUACUAGUUCAACCAUGGGGUGGAAUUAAAUCUCUAUUCGAUAUUUAUAGCAGAUAUCGUAGCGAUGCAAAGCGAAACAUAAUGAAGAAACUCUCUGAUCAGGAGCAGAUUAUCUGUAGUCGUGACAAAAAGAAAAAGAAUCAGAUGACUCACUUCACUAAACAAAAACAAUCGUGCCAUGACGCUUCGCAGGAGCCACACACACACACGUAAGUCUCACGAUAGCGAGGGGUGGCACGACGCGGAGAGGAGCGCAGUAAGCCCCUAAUUUCUCGGGGUAAAAGUUGCCAGCCGUAAGCAUCUCCGCGGAGGGGUGACGAGGUUGAGCCGUAUCGGGGUGAGUUGAGAAAGGCGCGGUAGUCAAUCGACAAGCGACGAGAGGGAAGAGAGAGUUUAUAUUGGGAAAAAAAGGCGAGACUCGGGCAGCAACAGCAGCACCAGCCAGAGUGAAACGUUUAAACUUUUUAUGAGUUGCUGCGUCGUCGCUCGAGCGAAGAAAUUUCAAUUUUGUCGCCCACCCUCGUAUCUUCUCCGCGCCGCGAAGGAGCGGCCUUUCGACGGAUCCCUUUUUCCUUCUAUCCCCACGAGCGACACCAUCACUUGCCGAGAAUUUUGGCACAUCCGGCUGCGAUAUCCGCGCGGCUAAUUUGCCUCGACACCUCCUCCGGUCUCGAUUCCUAGCAUCUUCAGCCCCACAUCGACUUGCAUAUUCGUCUAAUGAGGUUCCGAGCCCUCCCCAAUUGAGAACGCGGAACUUCAGUCGGUUUGCCGAAUAAGAAAGAUAUAUUGUAUAAUUGAAGAUCGAAACGGAAUUAGAAGGAUACGCCGACAUUUUUCAUUAUUUCACCGCUUCCUGUGCCUUAGAAAAAGAGGAAAGAGUUUUUCUCUCCAGUUUUUCACUGGAGCAAGAAAAAAGACUAUUCUUUAUAUUUCGUUAAUAAAUUCAUCAGCUUCACAUUCUUAUUCGUUCUGGGGGCCAUCAAGAUUUCAACAGAUUACGUCGCGUCGAACGUUAAUUAUUCCAAAUAGACAUCUUAUAUUAGUCAGAGUUUAGCUAUUCUUACAUGACACUUUAUCGCACAUAUUAAAUUGCAUAAAUCUUAUUCCGAAAUGAAUAUCUGUAUCUGAAAUUAUCGUGCACGAUUGAUCUUAUCGAUUUUUCUUCCAUGUAAGGUAAGGUGGAUUCAUUUCUAAGACUACAGUGUAUAAUUCGAUGUAUCUACCUUUCUGUCGAUAGUCCUCGAAUAUUGAAUAAUCUUGCUCAUAUUUCUUGUCUUUUGUCCGAAAAAUUAUUCUAAGAAUAUUUGCUAUUUAUUAUUUUUUUAAAUUGCACAUUCGGCCUCCAUAAAUUGCCCGACGAGUCGACCGAAGGCGAUGCAAGUCUCGUAGUCCUCUCACCCUCGCCUCAUCCUCUCUACCGAGUCAUAAAAGUCUUGAUGAAGACGUCAAUGAAUAUUUAUCCUUUCGUUCCGUCGCAGCUUCAUCUUGCCUCAACCUCAUCGGUGGUCUGGCGACGUUCCUUUCUUUUAAGACGAGACAUUAAGCGAGCUCGAUUGGCGAAGUUUUAUCAGCAUUUAAUCCGACGUUCCGAUACUACGUCAGUCCAAGAUACAAUCACGUGUUCAUAGGAACAAGACAUUGCCGAACACAUUAAGAAUUGUGUUCUACAGUAAAUGAUGUAUGCGAACUCUUCUGGAAGCUUGUUUAGCUAAAUCUAAUUUGUAUGUUUGUGACGUAUUGCCAUCGAACUGCAGUCUAAAUCGAUAAAUAAUUAACGUUGGUAUGUAUUUAAAUAUAUGUGUAUACUUAAGAAAAGGAAAAAUUAAAAGUAUCAUUAAAAAAAGAGAGAGAGAAAAGAAUUUCUCUCUCGAGAAAUAUUGAUACUUCACACAAAAUGUGUGUCACAUUUCACUUCGAAUAAGUGAACAUCUCGAAUAUCAAGCAACACACCGACACGUUGUUGGCGAGUUUUAUUAAGACAUGACACUUGACGCUCGAAUUAGCAACAAGACCGUUCACAAAGGAGAGAGAAGACGGGUGGAGUGAAUGUUCAUGGGUUUGACCACUACGAGGUAAGCGUCGAGACGCUUCACGACGUAGAACGAGAAAAAGACGGAAGCGCCAAAAGGCAGCGGCCCAGACAAACGCGGAAAGGCAGUGUCAGCAUUGCGCAGAUCCUCCUCGUCGCUGCUACCGCCUACUGCCACCCUCCGUUUUAAUAUGUUGACGCUCCGUUGGGUCGGCGAGAGGGAGAAGACGGGGGGACAGAGCAGAGGAAAAAAAAGAGAAGCUAGAAAGGAAGAGAAGAGAAGAGAAAAGGUAAAAAGAAAAAUAUGCCUUGGACAGGAUCGCCGGUAAGGGGCGGUCGGAGGUGGAGGCUGCGGCCAGGGGGUGGCGGAGGGCACCCACAGGGUUGGGCAUCCCGGGAACGGCACAAACAGCAGCACCAGACGAAAAGAAAGUUUGCCGUGUAACAACAAAAGACGUUUGUUAUUGGCGCAGCAUUUGAAUUGUCUCUGUGUCGGCGGGCCUCCUUAUUGGCCGAGCGUCGGCGACGCGACUCCUGCGCUGGUGGGGGGUUGCAAAGGGUGGUAGCCACCCCCACGACUCACCACCCAACCCCCACCGACCCCGCUUCUUGCCCCCUCCAGCGGUACCCCUACUGUGUCCUCGAGAGAGAACGGCUAUACACGCGGCUAAGUGUACCGGCUAUCUGGACUACGAAGCUACCCCCAUACCGCUCCUACCCUUCUCGAUCGUCCUCCCCGGAUAGCGGCUGGGCCCUGGGAUGACCCUUUCCGAGACCUACCUUGCGUACGGGCCAACCUCGUAUCUGCUGGCAACGACGAGGGGGAAAUGCCUCGCAGAAUGCAGGCGUGACUCUUAUUUAAUUUUGCUGCUUGAGCUACCUGCCUGCAUCCGGCGCGAACGGCGUUUCGAAUUAUACCGGAGAAUGCGAGAGUGGUUUGGGGGAGCAAGGGAGCCUUUAAUAUCACCGGUGAUUAGCGCUGUAGGCGCGCACUUGUGACCCCUCGCUGAACGAAAAUCAUUGUGCUGCAUUCAAUCCGUAUUAACAUCAAUUUAAUAAGCUCGAACGUAGCGGGCAGAGUUGUCGCGUACUGCUGGCGGGUUAUCCCACGUAUUUCUUCUACGUAAGCAACACGCUGAAUUUUUCCUUCACGAUGCACUGGCACCCUGGGAAAGUCAUGAACGCGCUCUAUUAUCGUUACAUCGUGUAACACAAACGCAAUAAAAAAUCAUGACGCUUAUUAACAUAUUGAAGGUUUUCAACUCAUACAUUAAUUAUGAUACACCCAAGAGAUCGUAUGCAAAUGAUAAUGACGCGAAGUGCGUUCGAGCCACGGUCUUCCAGACAGCCCCACGCAGAGCUCAACAGGGCGUAGAUAUUCUCUUCUCGUAUCGAUCCGUCGCCACUCUUGUAUCCAACUUCGAUCACCGGUACGGCAUAUCUAGCUGCGCGAUUCAUGCGCACAAUCUUACUCGACACAGUUUUAUAUUCGUAUCUAUCGGUAACACGCUCUACGGCAUAUAUCAAUGGAUCGGUUUCGAAAUGCGUCGAUAGACGUGCACUGAUACCUACCUAGAUUAUUGUUAGCAACAUCUGCUCCUAACGAUUAUUCUUGGAAUUAUGCUGCAAAUUUAUGACGCGGGUCGAAGCCCCGUUUUACGAGACGCUUUCGUAUCAAAAACUUCGAUCUCGCCGUGUAACUUAUGACCUCCCCGUUUAACUUAUGAUGAUCGCUCGGCGCUGCUAUUAAUUAAUGUAAAACUGUUACCGAACGUUCCUCCACCUGUUUUCCAGCCGGUCGUUUUUCGGUACAAUCGAUCUGGUUGUUUACGACGUUCUGUAGAAUGUAAUUGAUCAACGCGCACAAUGAUUCAUAUCGCGUCUAUGUGUUAUAACGACAACGGCACACUACGUAUUUUUCAUAAUAAAGUCUUCUAAAGUAAAUUAAUACAGGGAGUAAAAGGCGCAAAUACUUCUCAUUAAUAUGCACGCAAAACGAAUUUAGUUAUCCUUUGAUCUUAAUUGAUACAGCAAUUGCGGAACUCGAACAAUUUAACGUAAUAUGUUAAUUAAACAUAUUAGAGAAACAUAAUAAAAAGAACAACUCUCCCGACUUUAAUUUAUAUCGAAUCAAUUUAAACGAGAUAAAGAGACGUACUUUAACGACUCAUUAUCUAGACAUUUUUUUCCAACCAGUUUAUUGCAGCAUAUUUAAGAUUAUAAUCAAUUGCUAUGCAACUAUUGCAAUUCUGUACAACCAAAUAAUGAUAUUUUCAUGUUUGAUGAUUCACCUUUUGAACUCUUGACCGCACGAGACGAAAUUUGGUUAAUCAAAUGGCUUAAUCUGUUCCUGGUAUCUGUAUUGAGUGCCAUUGAAUGACAUAAAUCAGUAUUUGUUGCCUAUGGCCAAUGAGUAAUCAUUGACAGAUAAUAUCAGACGUGUCCACUUGAUAUAAUCGAAUUAAGCUCGAAUUUGGUUGCGUUAUCAUGAAGCACUACUACUAUGAUUAAUCGAUGAAAAUCGUAAUUUUAGAUACCGCAUUCGAUCUCACCGUUAAGAGUUUAUAUUUGCUGGUUAGACAUGCUGCGAUAUUAAUUAUAGCGUCACACUGGUCGAUAGCAGAAAUAAAUUCCACGAUAGAUAUGACAUAUUCGAUAAAAAUUUGCAUAAAAGUAAAUCGAGGUUUAUCGAGGCAAAAGUAGAAACGUACGCUGUCAUUUCGCUUGUAUUCGGAAGAUCUAUUUUUAUAACAGAAAAAAUAAAUAAAGAAUAAAAAAGAAACGAGAAAGGAAACACAUAUCAUAUUUUAUGUGCAAAAUCUAAAAAUAAUUGUUAACUUCAUUUACUUUAUUAAAUUUCCUAACGAAAAUUUUCCUUUGAAAGAAAUUUAAAAACAAAAAAAUUAUUUGAAACACGUUUGUUUGGACGAGCAAGCAAUGAAGGUAUAUUCAAGAAAAGAAUAGAUAUCCAUAAUACUCAAGUGCACAUAAAUCUAGAUCGAUGCAAGAUCGAAACGCGGACAUGCAACCAGAUGUCUUCUUAAGGGAAAUAUCGUAGGACUAGAUCAAUCCGAUUUAUUUGAAUGUAACGCUUGGCGCGUAGCUCCUUGUACUCGGAUGCGAGUCUAACUCGAUCCUUCCUUGAAAGAUGCCGCCGGCAGGGAGUCAGGCGACAAAGUGUACGCGUGCACGACCGCUCAUCCUCUCCAUCGGCGCUCGCCUACCUGCAUCGCUGGGAGAGUGCGUCUACAGCCACCCCAGGCUGCUGGCCCUCGUAUCCCUCUCGAGAGAGGCGUGCGCCGCCUCCGAUCCCCACCACGUCAUCCACCCCUAUAUCGUCUCCCGCGCUCUCCCUCUCUGUUGCUGCCGCCGUCACAUAAAAGCACUGGAUGCGGGGUGAGAUGCCCUAAAAGCUUGCACCACGCGCGAGAUGGUGUGAGAGAGAGAGAGAGAGAGAGAGAGAGAAGAGUGGAGAGGGUGAAAGGGAGAGAGAAAGAGAGAGAUGAGUCGGGAAGCGUGGAAAAAGAGCAGGUGCAGGACAGAGAGAGAGACGCGGGGACACAAAACGAAGAGAAGCAGCGCCGCGAGACAACUAACGGCGCACGAAGCAGCGACGAUCGCUGGAGAAGGUGAGAGAGAAAGAGAGAAAGAGAGCUUACAACUUGCCUCGGGUACUAUUGGAGGGGGGAAAUACCCCCCGCGCGUCCCCUACGGCCUCCCCUACUUUCCUUAUCUCCCUACCUUCUCGCCCCGGCACCGUCACCUCCCUCCCUCGGUUUCUCUCGCUUACGCUCUUUCUCUCGCUCCCCGUGUGUAUGGUUAAAUAUUGCAUUAUUGUUUUAACGGCAGGGAGGAAAACAGCGCAGCCGGUGGUGCCCGCCCGCAGAGUUGCGCGCAUCCGCGCCGCGUGUACACUCCUGUCGCGUCCUCGGCCGGAGUGUCGCGAGGUAUCGCGGUAAUCGCGUCGGGUUGCCAGUCAGCUUCGUUGCCGUAGAGGUUAUCGUCGUCCGUGGACGCGCGUUGAAGCUCGCCAGUCGUCCACCCCCUAUUUCCACCCUCUGUGACACGGCGAGAUAUCGCGCCGUGGCAUCUCCUCUCCGUUCUUCUCGUACGCGGCAACGUCCAACGAUCCGAUCGGCGUUCCACGACACGUCCCGCGUGUCUUCUCCCUUCCUCCGCUUUGCAUCCCCGCCAGCCGUAUCGCGACGUCCACCCCUAUACCGCCGAGAAUGACUACGGAGCCACGUCGCGACCCAGUUGUGUUUCGCGUGCUCUCGCGCGUCCGCUGUUUGGUGGAUGAGCCUCCGCUUGGAACGGGGUGCAGCAGCAGCAACGACGGCAGCAGCAGCAGCAGCAGCAGCAGCAGCAGCGACAGCACCAGCAGCCGCUAGAGAUUCACGCGCACCCUCCACCCCCGCAACGUACAAAUCCACCCACCCCGCGGUCGCAACCACCGCCUUAUCCCGCGCUUUCUCCGCCAGCCAGCCGACGUAGCUGCGCAAGGCCAUUCUCGGGGGUGCCACCCCCGGCUCCUUCCCCUCCCGCUCCUCUACCUCUCUCCCCUUGUACACCAAUCCCCUCCUUCUCUCUUUUUCCUGUGUAUAUGCACCAUCUCUCUUAUUCCAUCCCUCUCUUUCUCUCUCUCUUUCUCACGACUUCUCUUUCUCUCUCUCUCUCUCUCUCUUUCUCUCUUUCUCUCACACUUUUUCUCUGUCACCGCACACCCCGCAUUUGCCACCCCUACACGCUGUACCCGGCAUCUCAACAACAAGUACUCGCUACCCGGUAGCAUCCGACACAACACAGCAAGUCGCCCUACCACCGCCUUCGAGGCCACCCUCGGAGGCCUGCCUGGGGUGCCUCGCAGCAUCGUGGCAAACACAGUAUCGUCUACUGAGCGUGGAUGUCUCGAGACAACCGGGAGAUAUACCGCGGAACACUACCGGCGCCUUCUGACACCUUUGGGGCUACUUCGCUGUUUGCAGCCCUGAAACAGCAGCAACAGCAAUCGCGCGACAGUGUCUUCUCGUCGCGGGAUCGCGAGUGUCGCGACAGGGACCGCCUGCAAGCGACGCGCAAUCGCGACUCCGGCAGAAGCAACAUAACAGAGACCGGCAGUGGCAGUGGUGUUGCUGAUCAACAACAGCAACAGCAGCAGCAGCAGCAGCAGCAGGAGCUCAGCAUCGAGUACCAAAGCAAUGGGAAGCUCAGUCCCGCUGGACACGCAGUGACAGCAGCACCCAUGACCCAGCAAAAGCAGCCAAUCAUUACACAACAGUCGCAACAGCCCAGCUCGGGGGCACCAGGGCCCCAGCCUAGUCCACAUCAGAGUCCGCAAGCCCCACAGAGGGGUUCACCGCCAAAUCCUUCCCAGGGCCCGCCACCCGGAGGCCCGCCAGGGGCUCCUCCGUCGCAGACUCCCUCGCAGAUGAUGCUCAGCUCGGCAAGCGGCCUCCAUCAGAUGCAACAGCUGCUGCAACAACACAUACUCAGUCCCACGCAAUUACAGUCUUUCAUGCAGCAACACACGUUGUAUCUGCAGCAACAGCAGCAGCAUCAUCAGGAUUCAUCCUCCGAUCAUGCAUCUAACCAGGAACGAUUCGGCUACUUCUCCUCUUUAAAGAACCACCAGCAUCAGCUCGCGGAACUCAACAAAAAACAACUGGAGCAGGCAAUGCAGCAAUUGCAGGAACAGUUACAGCUGAAUAUAUUUCAGCAGACGCAUCUGCUGCAAACGGCAGACAAGAAGAAGGCAUCGGCACCUCUCCAGCAGUUAGCGAUUCAGCAACAGCAACUGAUACAGCAGUUGCAGAUUACACAGAGGCAGUAUCUAUUGCAACAAGGGCUGGGCCUUCAAGGCCACAAUCCUUCUUCAGCAGGUUUGCCACCAGGUGAUAACCUACCAACGUGGAAGUCAGAGCCGUCGGACACUCAGGAGUCCCACCAGAACUCCAAUGUGCCCAAGUCCAAUUCGGGAUUGAAUGGCCUUCUGAAUUCGAUAGCUUCGAGUCGGCGAUCCGAGGUGAACGGCACUACGCCACUGGACGAGAAGCCACUGGACGCCUCCUGCAACGACAAGGUCCACCCCCUCUAUGGCCAUGGGGUUUGCAAGUGGCCAGGCUGUGAAGUAAUUUGUGAAGACUAUCAAGCAUUCCUUAAACACUUAAAUACAGAGCACACGUUGGAUGACCGAUCGACAGCGCAAGCCAGAGUUCAAAUGCAAGUGGUGUCGCAGCUGGAAAUCCAGUUGCAGAAGGAACGAGACCGGCUAGGCGCUAUGAUGCAUCAUCUGCACAUGGCGAAACAAAUGGCUUCGCCGGAACCACCAAAGUCAUCUGAGUCAUCGACGGGCUCGAGUUUACCAAAGCUAAAUUUUUCUACCGCGCUGAUGAGUCAGCCACCACCUAACUUCGGAGUCUCUCAAGUGUCGCCGGUAUCCAUGUCCGCGCUGGUAUCUGCGGUGAGGUCGCCCGGAGGCGGCCAGCUACCCCCGUCGGCCGGUGGUGCACCGAUGCCACCACUUCCGACCAUACCGAACAUGUCCGGUUUACCGCCGAUGCCCAAUAUGCCCGGCAGCAUGCCAAGCAUGGCAGGUCCAAUCAGACGACGCAUCAGCGACAAGUCAGCUCUUUCCUUGGCAGGAGGACUGUAUGACGAGGGCACUGUAAGGCGCAGAGUAGCCGUCGAUAGAUCUGGAAUAGAUAUUAACGAAGAAAUUCAACGAAAUAGGGAAUUCUACAAGAAUGCAGAUGUCAGACCACCGUUCACGUAUGCAUCCUUAAUUCGGCAGUCCAUCAUCGAAUCUCCUGAGAAGCAGCUAACACUCAAUGAAAUUUACAACUGGUUCCAAAACACAUUUUGCUACUUCCGGCGCAACGCAGCAACGUGGAAGGAAGAAUCGCGGAACGUAGGUCGCGGCACAUUCUGCUACUUCCGGCGCAACACAGCAACGUGGAAGAACGCAGUGCGACACAACCUGUCUCUCCACAAAUGUUUCAUGCGAGUCGAAAACGUGAAAGGGGCCGUAUGGACGGUGGACGAAGUGGAGUUUUACAAGAGACGCCCACAGCGCGCUUGCAGCACGACCGGGGGUGUCCCGUCGAAGAGUCCAACGCUAACGCACAGUCCCACUAUGUAUGGUGACGCGUUGAAUGCCAAUCUGCAGUAUUUCCAGGCACUCGGGGAGUCUAACAUGGGAUUUUUGAACAAUCCGAUGUGCACGUCGACAGCGACGAGUCCCGAUAAGGAGCAUGUAUUACCUCAUAAUGACUUAAUGUCGCCGCUGGAUGAACCGGCCGUGCACAUAAAGCAGGAGAGCCAGAGUCCGGAAGGAGGGAAGCACGCGAGAUUAAUAAAGCGCGAGAUGCCGGACGGUCCCAUGGAGCAGGAGACGGAGGAGGAUCAAGCGGACGAGAGGGAAUACUCAGAGAGCCACGGCCAUGACUCCGGUCAGGACGAGGACAUUGCGGAGGACCUGUCGAUGGCGCCCGAUAUAAUGAUCCCGGAGGAUCAGGUCGAGGCGUAGUACCACUCUGCGGCGACCAGUCAGUAAAAGCGAAGAUGUAUACAAGGUGAACCGUUUGCUCGGUCACGCGAAGAGAGGAGUCCUCUACUACGUAGGCCAGGUAGAGCAAAAUACGAGGAAGCUGAGAGGAAGAAGCGGGAGUCGAGCAGCGAAAGCUAGACAGUCGAAGAGGACGACGAAGGCCCUCAGGACCACCCACCCCCUCCACUCCUCCUUCGUACGAAACCCCCCUCAACACAUCAUAUCUGUGCCGCGACGCGCCAAUGGCGGCUUUAAGGUAACGAACAGAAGCAACCGAAUAAGUGAAAGAAAUGAAAAGAAAAGAGGACACUGCGUCGGUGAGCGAUAAGCGAAUCACCGGACAAGCGUCGACGUCCGCGACGCCGGUAGCGUCGGCGUCCCGGCAAUAUUCGGGAACGAUCCUUCGAUCCAUAUCCUUACUCAAGCAAUUGCGAACAACGAUGUAUUUUAUUUUCCUCUCGAUCUUUCCGUUCCGGAGCCGCGGCUAUAUCUAUAGACAUAUACAUAAAUAUAUACAUAUACAUAUAUCUCUCUCUCUUGUGUACAUUACAUUAGAAAUUAAUGUGACGACGGUGGGGCAUCGCACGCGGCGCGCUAUGCGGUCAGCGCGCCCUUUCGGGCGCCCCCGAAAACGGGAAAAGAAGCCUUCACUGGAGGAACCGAUGCGGCUUCGUGAUCAUAUAUAUUCCACGGUGACAUAUGUGCUUAUACGGAUAAAAGAUCUGCCAAUAGGGCGUUCGAAGCUUUUAAACCUUUCUCAUGUUACGUUACGUCUAACAGCAUACAACUCUGCUACGAUUGCAAACGUUACGACAAGGUAAAAAUACCGAUCGCCGGAUAUGUCUCCGUAUUCGGACGGGAAUUUAUUAAUUUCAUAUUUUUCAAUUACCAUUUUGAUAUUAACUCUUUCAGCUGGUCAUUUUGUAUUAGUUCACAUAAAAUAGUACAAUAUAAACAAAAUUAUAUUAGCCCGUAAGAUGAAAGUAUCAAUUUCUGGAUAUGUAUCUAUAUAUAAUCCUGGACGUUCUUAUUGUUUUGAUCUUUAAAUACGAAAACUUUCAAUAUAGAAUAUACCUAUAUAUUCAAUGUAUAUUUAUAUAUUAUAAGUACGAAAACUUUCAAUAUAGAAUAUA